GUGUGUGUGUGUGUGUGUGUGUGUGUGUGUGUGUGUGUGUGUGUGUGUGUGUGUGUGUGUGUGUGUGUGUGUGUGUGUGUGUGUGAGAGUGUGUUCCUGUCUUGACUUGUUGGAGUCACAUUCUUGUCUCUGCAGCUUCAUGUUUCUUCUUCACUCACAUUUUUUCUGUUUAUUUUCCAAACUCAUACUUCAUGUGACGAACACACACACACACACACACACACACACACACACACACACACACACACACACACACACACACACACACACACACACACACACUGUUCAGGGUGGAGGCUCUGGUUUUACUUCCCCUUCAUCACUUGAAGCUUCAUCAUGUUUGAGUUCAGUCAGCAGAACCUAGAACUGGAUCUAGAACCCAGAACUGGAUCUAGAACCCAGAACUGGAUCUAGAACCCAGAACUGGAUCUAGAACCCAGAACUGGAUCUAGAACCCAGAACUGGAUCUGGAACUGGAACUUUAUAAACAGCUAUAAAUGUCUAUAGAAGUGGAAUUCCAUCUGUAACUGAAUCUGGAACUGCAGCUUCAGACACAGAACUGUGUAACGUCAUUACUGUAACUGUAAUACUAUAUCUUUAUUACUGUAUUUUUAGUACUGUAACUUUAUUACUGUAACUUUAUUACUAUAUCGUUAGAACUGUAGCUUUAUUACUGUAGCUUUGUAAUCUGGCUGAAUCUAGCUUGAAUCUGAGAUGGGUUCUCAUGGUUCUCAGGGUUCUCAGGGUUCUCAGGGUUCUCAGGGUUCUCAGGGUUCUCAUGGUUCUUGCGGUUCUCAGGGUUCUCAGAGUCUGUCCUCCAGUGGUUCUCCUCAUAUAUAAGAGGAAGAACUUUUAAUGUGACGAUCAACAGUGUGAUGACUUCUGUGUCGAAUCUUCUGGGCCCUGGAGUUCCUCAGGGUUCUGUUCUGGGCCCUCUGGGCCCUGGAGUUCCUCAGGGUUCUGUUCUGGGCCCUCUGGGCCCUGGAGUUCCUCAGGGUUCUGUUCUGGGCCCUCUGGGCCCUGGAGUUCCUCGGGGUUCUGGUCUGGGCCCUGGAGUUCCUCGGGGUUCUGGUCUGGGCCCUGGAGUUCCUCGGGGUUCUGGUCUGGGCCCUGGAGUUCCUCAGGGUUCUGUUCUGGGCCCUGGAGUUCCUCGGGGUUCUUGGAUGCCUCUGGAUCAGCUGAUCCUGGGUUCUGGAGGUUCUGUAUCGCUCUAUGCUGACGACAGUCAGCUGCUCCGUUCUCCCUCCUCGGGCUGCAGAACCGUUCAGACUGAUCAGGAACGCUGAUUGUGGUUCUGGACUGGAGGAUCCUCCAGAGGAGAACCCCCCUCGGGUCUCUGGUUCCUCAGAACCUCGGGUUCUGUCUGAUCAGGUCGGGAUCAGGUCUCUCUGUCAGCUGUCCAGAACCCUGAGAACCCUGCCUGGUCAGCAGAACGUCAGAGUCUGUCCUGAACCGAUCUUCAGGAAGUGCUGGGUACUGCGUCCUCGUUCUCCGGGUUCUAACACGACUUUUAAUGAACUCCAGAACGACAAAACUCUGCAGCCGAACGCCGACAGGAACCCAGAACGUCCCUCCUCACCCCGCUCCCUCCAGAGCGUCUGUCCAGAACGUCCCUCCUCACCCCGCUCCCUCCAGAACGUCUGUCCAGAACGUCCCUCCUCACCCCGCUCCCUGCAGAACGUCUGUCCAGAACGUCCCUCCUCACCCCGCUCCCUGCAGAACGUCUGUCCAGAACGUCCCUCCUCACCCCGCUCCCUGCAGAACGUCUGUCCAGAACGUCCCUCCUCACCCCGCUCCCUCCAGAGCGUCUGUCCAGAACGUCCCUCCUCACCCCGCUCCCUGCAGAACGUCUGUCCAGAACGUCCCUCCUCACCCCGCUCCCUCCAGAACGUCUGUCCAGAACGUCCCUCCUCACCCCGCUCCCUCCAGAGCGUCUGUCCAGAACGUCCCUCCUCACCCCGCUCCCUGCAGAACGUCUGUCCAGAACGUCCCUCCUCACCCCGCUCCCUCCAGAGCGUCUGUCCAGAACGUCCCUCCUCACCCCGCUCCCUCCAGAGCGUCUGUCCAGAACGUCCCUCCUCACCCCGCUCCCUGCAGAGCGUCUGUCCAGAACGUCCCUCCUCACCCCGCUCCCUGCAGAGCGUCUGUCCAGAACGUCCCUCCUCACCCCGCUCCCUCCAGAGCGUCUGUCCAGAACGUCCCUCCUCACCCCGCUCCCUGCAGAGCGUCUGUCCAGAACGUCCCUCCUCACCCCGCUCCCUGCAGAGCGUCUGUCCAGAACGUCCCUCCUCACCCCGCUCCCUCCAGAGCGUCUGUUCAGAACGUCCCUCCUCACCCUGCUCCCUGCAGAACGUCUGUCCAGAACGUCCCUCCUCACCCCGCUCCCUGCAGAACGUCUGUCCAGAACGUCCCUCCUCACCCCGCUCCCUCCAGAGCGUCUGUCCAGAACGUCCCUCCUCACCCCGCUCCCUGCAGAGCGUCUGUCCAGAACGUCCCUCCUCACCCCGCUCCCUCCAGAGCGUCUGUCCAGAACGUCCCUCCUCACCCCGCUCCCUCCAGAGCGUCUGUCCAGAACGUCCCUCCUCACCCCGCUCCCUCCAGAGCGUCUGUCCAGAACGUCCCUCCUCACCCCGCUCCCUCCAGAGCGUCUGUUCAGAACGUCCCUCCUCACCCUGCUCCCUGCAGAACGUCUGUCCAGAACAUCCCUCCUCACCCCGCUCCCUGCAGAACGUCUGUCCAGAAUGUCCCUCCUCACCCCGCUCUGUCUGCAGUUCAUAAACCAAUAUGGCCGCCACAGCCUGCAGGAACAUGGCAGAGAGAUCAAACCGACUCAUGGUCUCACUCCUUCACUCUUUCACUCCUUCACUCUUUCAUCCCUUCACUCCUCCACUUCUUUACUCCUUCACUCCUUCAUUCCUUCACUCCUUCACGGCUGACACCCCGGACCUCAGUCCAGCAGGAAGUCCUCAAUUUACCUUUCAAAAUAAGAGUUUUGCUUAAAUUUGCUCCUCGUGAAAAAAUCUUCUUCAAAGGCGUUUAAUGGAGAACUUCAGAACCCCACUGUAGAACAGAGGAGAACCUUCUGAGGAAACAUCUAGAACCACAGGACAGAGGAGAACCUUCUGAGGAAACAUCUAGAACCACAGGACAGAGGAGAACCUUCUGAGGAAACAUCUAGAACCACAGGACAGAGGAGAACCCUCUGAGGAAACAUCUAGAACCACAGGACA